UGAAGACGUUGCUACAACAAUGAAACAGACUGGUAAUGAUGUUGGAUCAAGUGUAGCAGAUCAUGGAGAUGUCAGUGCCAUUGAAAGCCCAUUAGAUGAUGACGGGAACUUGCACAUACGUGAAGGUGAAAUGUUGACAGAGAACCAGCAAGAUCAUGAGCUUGGUAAAGAUUGUUACACAUUGAUGGUCAUUGGAUGUCAUGAAACCAAAGCUAUACCUGAUGAACUCCCCUCAUUGAGCAAUGAAGCACAUCUUGUGCAGGAUGCCUGCUCUGUGAUGGUUGCAGAAAGUCAGGAAACAUCACUAAGCAUGCCUGAUUUAACACCCUUUGUGACUAGUGAUAAGCACCCAUGUGAGGAUUCCACUUCUGUGCUGGCAGCUGAAAGUCAAGAAACCAGUGUAAAUGUACUUGACGUGUCAUCUUCAAUGAACAGUGAAGCACAUCCAGGUGAGGAUACCUGUACCAUGAUUAUUGCUGAAAGUGAGGAAACCAGACAAAGUGUACCUGAUACACUGUCCUCAGUGCCCGAUAAUGUGCUUCCAGAUGAAUAUUCUAAACCUGUGAUGGUUACUGAAAGUGAGGAAACCAGACAAAGUACACCUUCUGUACCACCCUCGAUGCACAGUGGCACAGACAAAGAUUCCAACUCUGCGGCAAUUACAGAAAGUUUGGAAAUUAUGCCAAAGUUACCACCUACACCACGUUCAGGGAGCACUGGCAGUCAUCAAAUUGUAGAUUCCAUCCCUGCGAUAACUGAGAGUCAAGAAAUUAAACCCGAUGCACAACCCUCAUUUACCUGUGAUGAACUUCCAGGUGAGACAAACUCUGUGAUGGUUGCUGAAAAUCAAGAAACCAGACCAGCUGGAAAUUAUGCACCACCUUCACUGAUUAAUGGAACACAUGAUUCAAAGGAUUGCAACACAGUGGUGGUAGCUGAUAGUCAGGAAUCAAAACCACUUAUACCCAGUGCUCCCCCUGUAAUAAGCAGUGAUAUACAUCCACAAAUGAGCUUAGGAUCUUUUCAUAGACACAAUGAUGAACCAUGUACAAGUCCAACACAAGGAGGCAAUUCUAGUGCCAAACUGGAGGCUAUGACACAGGGCAUAUUUCAGCCUCCUAAGGUUCAGACAGGCCAACUACAGAAUUCCACUGAACACAGACAGGAACAAGAUGUUGAGCAUCUGCAGAAGAGCAAGGCACAAACAUCUGAACAGGAUAAUGAGUUUCCUGUGCCACAAUCUGUAGUUAUGGAUGAUUUGAGAGCAGUUCCAGAGCACACCAAUCAGGUUACUACGUGCUGUGCCUUGGAGGAACAGUUCCUCCAGAGUGCAGUAGAACAGUUGCAGACCUUUGAAGAGAAGCAGGAGCGGGACAUUGAAGGAACAUUUAAAGUGCCGUCAACUGACGGUGACACAUUUCAAACAAGCCAAAUGACAUCUCCAGGUCAAGGUGCUGAGGAUACUACCUUGCUCCUUGUGGGUGUUGACGAUUCUGAUGCAGUUACGGUGGACAGCCCCAUCACCCAAAAUGUGUUCCCAGGGGGUGUUGAAUCCCACUUUGGAAUCGGUGAAUCACCUACACCAGAGCAAGACAACAAAUUGUCUGCUCACUCCACCCCUUGUGAUGUUUCUGUGGAUGUUGUUGGAGUGACUACAAAUCAGAAUUCAAAUCCAGGGUCACCUGAUGAAACUUCUGUGGAGGAUGAAAAUAGGCAGUCGCAAAACAGUGAACAUCCAACGUGUGAAGAGACUGAUGAACUUGUGCUGCAAAUAGUGAAUGUCAAUUCAAAUGCCUUGUCGAAGGAGGCAGAGAGUUCACCAUUACUGGAAAAUCCUAAACGCCCAACAGACACUGGCAGGGCAUUAGUACGCAAGCUGGAAGAUGUUCAGCCUACUCAAGCUUCUGGAGAUAGUGAUGGCAAGACAGGAAAAGCAGUGCAGGAACCAAGACGGAAUAUCUUUGAAGUUUUGUUCCAAAAGAAAGCUAUCAUACCUGAUCCAGUACCCAUGUCUGCACUAAAAGUCUCUGCCCCGUCCCCAGUUUUGGAUGCUUCACCAGCUGCAGUUGAGCAUACUACUGAGAAAGCAGGACCUAGUGAAUCUUCAGCUGAAGACAGCGUCGAAAUGGGGGUUACCAAAAAUACCUUACGGUACACCUGUGACAUAUGUAAUAAAUCCUUUUCCAAGAAAUUUCAACUCCGUGGCCACAAAGGAAAGCAUGGCAAAGAGGGGAUAGGACCUUACAGGAGUCAACAGGAUGAUAGUGGUGUAGAGGUGUGUGAAGAUAAACCAGUGGGAAGUGUCAUAUCAGAAACCAACAAAAUUGACAAGGAUGCUUCAACCAAUAGUCUACCUAAGGAGGAUUCAACAGAAGGAGGCACAUCAGCACAGAGAAAGGGUGAUCGUCCACUACACUCCACAGAUUGUGUUGACUCGGAAGGAGAAGUGGUAGAUGUUAGCCAUCAAACGAGCCAGCCAACCAAUUUAAGUCUUCCACAGUUAACCGAAGUUCCUGGUCAAAAGCCUGUGCAUCCAAACCUCAGUGACAGUGCAACGUUGGUAUUGACUGGUGAGACCCGGGAGGUUAGAGAGAAGACAUCCUCUGCAGGAGCAUCAGGGAGUGAUGGAAGCCAGUUGCAGGACAGGGCAUUUAAUUUGCGUUCUACAGCUCGGUACAGUCUAGUAGACAUGCACUGCGAAGCUCAGCAAGUGGAUCAAAGUCAAAUGACAAGGACCUCCUUCAAGUCUUCAGGAAAAGACAAAGGAAAGAAGCAGUUUUCUUGCCCUCAUUGUGAGAAAACAUAUGCUCACGUUAACCAACUCAAUGCUCACAAGAGGGUCCACAUGGCCUCAAGUAAAUCACACAGCUAUGUCAAAGGCAGCUCAGAUAAUGCCAUGAAAAGAAACGUUCGUAAAGUUUAUAGAUGCUCCAUCUGCCAUGCGACAUUUUACAGUUACAAGAAGUUAUGUGGUCACAAAGGUGCACACGUGGCACAUAAGAUGACAAAGUUCAGGAAAUACAGCAACAGUGGUUCACAGGAACCAAAUGGCCAAGAGUUCUUGGAAAGUAAGCCCAAAGUUUUGGAACCCAAAGGAACCAGUUCUGUCUUGGUAGAAGGUUCUGCAAAAAACUCUGGGAAGUUCACCUGCAAAUUCUGCCCUGAAACAUUUCAGUAUGUGGCGCAGUUGAGAAAUCAUAUUUUGGUGGGCCAUCCAAUGGCCAAGGGUAAGCUCUUUCUCCUGAAGCCAUUCACCUGUGAACUGUGUGGCAAGGCCUUUACCAAGUCCAAGCAACGGCUACACCACAUGAAGCUGCACGGAAGAAGGCGACGUCGCCGAGUCAAGAAGACCAUGUCACUUCAAGACACUGACCAUUCCUACUAUAAAAAAUUGCCUGCCAAGCAUGGGAAUGUUUUGGCUGAGGUAACUGGUACGGAAACGCUAAAAAAGGAGGCAACGGUCAACGUGAAUAGUGCUCAGGACCCAUCCAUUCCUGAUGUCAAAACCUCCCCAGAGAAAACCUUCAGCUGUCAGCUUUGUGAGAAAUCCUUCAAAUGUCAGCAACAGUUGGCUGGCCACAUGAAUAUUCACAAACGGUAUCCUUGUAAGUUGUGCACAGCUUCUUUUACUCUUGCGAGGCAGCUGUGCGGUCACCUGAAGGUCCAUGGAGGCUUAAGAAAAAGACCUUUUGAGGAAAACCAAUCCUUGAAUGUCCAAAACCAGAGCGGCACUUCACAUGAUUCCAGUUCUAGGCCCAGUACUCCUGUUCAGUUAAGCACAGCAUCCCGACGAGUGACGAGGCACACAACAAACAGUCAAAGCAACGCUCUUCUAAAGAGGGUUAUCAAGAUCUUCCUUACUGGCAAGUCAAAAAGGAAGAAACACCAACCAGCACAAACUGGUAAAUGGUUACAACCAAAACGCAGUCUUCAGCGUGCAUUAAUGAAACACAAGCUAGUUCGCAUUCAGAACAUAAUUGGAAUUUUAAGGAAGUCUAUAAUCUUAGAGAUUGAUGCCAAUUCACACAGACUAGUUUAUGAGUGUAAGGAAUGCCAAAGGCUGUCCUAUUGCCACAAAACCAUCCUUUCUCAUUACCUAGAGACACAUUUGCAGUCUGCUGAAGGAAUUGAGAAGGUGCCGGCAUCAGCCAUCUCUGGAAGGGAAGAUACUGAGCCUGAUCUCCAUCAGCGUUUCCGGAAUAAGUCUAAAAUUGGAUGCCCAAUCUGCAAAGGCUCCUCUGGUUUCCAGUGUCACCUCCACAAUGAAGAGGACUUCAUUGCGAUCGAUGCAUUACUCGGACAGGAUGAAGACCCUGAGGUGGUGGCAUUUGAAAAUCGCAGGGAAAGCUCCCCUAGCCGAAGUAAGCUGGUUCAGCCUUGUCAGGACAACACCAAAAGGCAGCCAGGAGAUCCCUUCAGCUGCUCUCACUGUCCCUUCAAGGCCAAGUCCAUGCAGAGCCUUAUGGUCCACCAGCAGUUCCACUCAGAGAGGAAGGGAGAUGUGCUUCCCCAAGGGGCUCCUUCCCGGGACUCUUCAGAGGGUGAGAAGUUGCUCAGCUGCCCGCUUUGCUCAUUCAAAGUGAAAAAUGUGUUUGGUCUGGCUGCCCAUUCAAGGGUUCACAAGGGUAAAGGAAAAAAGAGAGCACUUGAAGAUGAAGCCCAGAAUCCAGCCUCAAGCUCAUCAUCCAGUCCCUCGCCAAGUCCCAAAGUCUCUUCUGAAAGCAUCCAGACAUCGGGUGACUAUGUAAAGCAGAGGAAGAAUGCCUAUAACUGCCUUUUCUGCCCCAAGUAUUUCCACACAGUAAUAUCGUACCGAAAUCACAUGAAAACACACGAGCAUGUCUUCCAGUUUAAGUGCUCUGGAUGUUCUCAGUCUUUCCUGACUGCUAGGAUGUUGGAAGAUCACAUAAAGAGCACCCACUCAGUCAAACUCCCAUAUCACUGUAGUAAGUGCUCAUUUUCAUCAGCGUCAUAUCAGUCAGCACUCAGCCACAUUCGUUCACAUUCAACAGUUGUGGUAAACAGACAGCGCAAGGCAGAUUGGUCAGACUACUUAAACGACGUUUUGAAGACUAGAGUACCUGAGGCUCCAAAUAAAGUUUUGAAACAAAAUGCGUCUUGGCCAGCCUUCUCAAAAGAGCAUUGGUCAGCUUACUUAAAUGCUGUCUUGCAGACAAGAGGACCUGAGGGGUCAUCAGCUUCUCCGAAUGGGAGUCCAACAAAAGAUGCAUUGCAGUCUUUAACCCUUGCCGGCCAGGGUAGGGAAGCACAGUUGCCAGACCAGGGAGGGAGUUCUUCAAGUGCAUAUAGGCAGAAGCCACACCAGGAGAAAAGCCAGACCACCUUGAAUUUAAAACCUAAAGAUCCUGGAAUGAGGGCAGCAGAGGCUAAAUCUGUUGUAGGUUCUGAGACACCCAUUAUACAGGAUAGGCAAGUAAAGGAUGGUCCUCAGUUGCUGUCAGAUCCUCCUGAUGAGUAUUUUGCCUGUUCCCAGUGUAAGGACUUCCAGGCCUCUACCAAGGAAGACUGGGACAGCCACAUUAACACUGUUCACAAAGGUGGCCUGGGCCCCAAAAAACUCAGAUGCGUGAUGUGCCAGUACACCACCACUAGCCAAGAGCGCUUGGAGCAACACAUGCGACUUCACCGCCACCAGACCCUGCAGUGCAACUCCUGCAAGUACCGCACUCCACAGAGGCACCUCAUGAUUCGGCACGUCCAGACAGUACACAGGCAGCACAGGCCAUUCAAGUGUAAGCUCUGCACCUACGCUACGGCCUAUCGACACCACCUGCGACGGCAUGCUGAGAAGCACAAGAACCCCAACUUCAAGUGUCGGUACCGCAAACUGUUGAAGAAGGGAGAUUGGCACUCGGCUGAAGUUAGCAGCCGUGUGAUAUGCAGUGAGUGCGGGAGGGAGUUGCAAAACAAGAAGACCCUGCGCAACCACUACAUCAAAGUUCAUGGCAGGAUCCCUGGAGGAAAGAGUCUGGCUGGCAUUCCAAGAUCCACCCAGGAUGAAGAAGAUAGUGGUGACAUGUCAAUUGGGACACGGAAACUGCCGUCUUACUCUGUCAUUUGUGAGGACGUCCGACAGGCGCCUCUGGAGAAGUUGUACGAAUGUUCAGUUUGCUCCUUGGAAUUCAGGCGUCGCAGUGAGUUGAACCAGCACAUGGCGCAGGGUCAUGCAGAGACACAGGCCAGCCGUCCUUGCCAGUGUCCCCAGUGUGGGCUGGUGACAGGCAGCGGGCAGCUGCAGGCCCACAUGCUGAUACACCAGGAAGAGAACCUGCUCCAGUGUGAGGAGGAAAGCUGCAGUUUCAAGACGGCCGAAGCGGUUCACCUGCAGCGCCAUCAGGCUAAGCAUGCCGCUGAGCGGGAUGUCUCCAUCACCUGCCGCCUCUGUCAGGUCAAGUUCUCAGAUGCUGACAGCCUGCAAAUGCACAACCUUCAGGUUCACAGUGAGCAAAUUAGCAGCAUCAGUGCGCGGGCCCCCUUCAUGUGCUCCCUCUGCCCUUUUGUCAGCCCCAACGAGAAGGAUGCCAACCGCCACUUCAGGCUGCACAACUACAACCUGGCCUUCAAGUGCGAGUACUGCGUCUUUUCCACCUCCACCGCAUCUGCCAUCGCCACCCACCAGAAGAUCCACAGGUACCCUCGGCGCAACAUCGCAGCGACACUGCUGUCUAAGAAGGCCUCACAGCAGCGCCAGAAGAUGCUAGCCAGCACCUCUGCCAAAUCCGCAGACAGUCAUAGCAGCCUAGUCACAGGCACAAGCCCAGAACGUCCUCGGCCCAAGCACGUCUUUGUCAGCAACAAAGGUAAAAAGCUGUAUGAGUGCCGCUACUGCCAGAGGUUCUUUGAUGUUGCCGAGGCAUGGCAGCGGCAUGAACUCCGACAUAUGGCCGAAUGGCCUCAGUAUUAACCCAGGCGCACAUCCGCAGUGUCAAAGGAGGUACGUGGGAAAGUGGUAUUGUAUACAAAGAAGGGGGUGGCACAAGAAAAGCUGACUUUCCCAUACUUUUAGAAACAAAAAUGAUUCCACUAAAAAUUAAAGUUUUUACCUUUGACAAAUCUGGACCGCCUCACCCAAAAUUCUUCCUCCUUUUUUCAUGGCCUGAUGAUGCACAGGCAUUGAAUUGUUUACAUUGAUUUUACUCUUGAAAAUCAGUUGUGCCUACCACACUGCCACCUCUUGUUAUAAAGGUGCAUGUGUACAUUUGUGUUCCUUUUGUGUCUUAAUUUCACUACAUUUUUUAAAGAAAGCAGAGACCAUUCCACUGGAAUGUGGCAUAGUUGUACACUGCAUGUUUGCCACAGGGUGCUUGCUUUCAGUGAGCAAUGUUAGAUUCUGCAUGGUUUUUCUGGCAGGUUUGUUGUCUUAUUUGAGCAUGAGCUAUAAAUGGAACAUACAAUUAUAAAAUGGAAUAAUGCAUUAUGCAGAAGAGUGUCAGUGUUUUGUUAUUGGAGCAACUGAGGUUACUCUACUGAGGCUUUUGGCAAACUCAAGUUUCAUCCUUUUUGUAGAAAUGAUAAAAUAUGAUACGAGACACAGGUACAAGUAUCGUACGAGAGAGAAUGUGAGAGAAUGCCGUCAUAAUGAAAUUGUUCAUCUUCAAGAUAUGUAGGGCGUAUUGAAGGCUGCAAGUAGUGACUGCAAACCCCUCUUGCACUCGGUUGGGGCAAUGGCAGUUAAAGACAGCAAAAUUACACAUGUAAAUAUUUGUUUGUGUUGUGAUAAACCUUAGUAGCCAUUUCGCUUAUAUUCAGGCUGCCCUGAGUGGUUGGUGUAAUGGUGAUUUGUGUAUGGUAUUACGUUAAGACUUAGCUAUGAACCUGUACAUAGUUUGAUCCAAAAGGAAGCGGAGGUUGUCAUUUUUUUGUUUGGGAAGUGGUUUAUGAUUGUUUUCUUUUAAUGUACAUGUUCACCUAUGCCUUUAUUUGGUCUCUGUUGUUAUCAGAGUUACAGUGAAUCUGAUCAAAAAGGUUUGUGAAAAAGUGUUGAUAGUUGUUUUGGAAGUAAAUUUCACUUGCACAUGGUAGAUUUGUUUUUUUCAUUGAAGAUUUAAUACUUGGAAUUGGAGUACCAAUUUUAAGGUCAAUUUAGCCUUCAUAGUAGUUAGGUGAUGCCUUUUUUCCCCAUUUCUCCAUUCUGGUAAUUUCAAAUAUGUAUGUAUUUCACCUUUGUUAGUGGAUGAACUGAAACAUACACCAACAUGGGAUGUUCAGUUGUUGAAAAGCAAUGUGGUCAAUAUGUACAUGUACUCCACACAGCAUUGUUAAUCCUAAUGAACUCCCUAGGGUCCGUGUGUGAGAAUUGAAAUGGGAGAAUUUUAGGCCUAUGGGGGUUAUGGACAUGGAGUUUACAUUGAUCAUGUACACUUUUGCCUUGUAAACAUGCACAGCAAAGAUGUGUGUGGUACUGUACAUUGUUAAGUAUGCACCAUGUGUGCAAGUAAAUGACAUUUGUUAAAUAGCUGCUUGCUCUUGUUCUGCAUUCUGAAGUAACUACUUGUACAAUUUGCACAAAAUUGAGGAAAUUGGAAGCACAGUUUUGCAGUUCUAAUCACGGUACAAGUCGUUGUAGGCACUGAAGGCGUUUGUGACUGGAUGUCAAAUUGUGAGGGCCCAAUGGUGCAGGUGAUUCAGUCUCAUUCAUCCUUGGUUGGAAUCCUUGGCGGAUAGUUCUCUGUCCGCCAUACAUGUAUAUUUUUCAGAACAUUGCAGAAUUUGAGAGAGAUGGACCCCAUGCAAUGUAAACUCUAAAAAGUUACAUGAAUUGGCGAAAAUGUUCCCCAUGACCAGUAUUUUUUUAUUAUUUGUAGUUCUGUUCACAGUUUUGAACUUAUUUUUUGUUAUUUUAAAAUAGUUAAUAAAGCACUUCAAUAAUUUUAUGCUUACUUGAACUUUGUGUUGUUUUAGUGCGUAAAUAGGAUUGUAGUGUCUGGUUUUAGUACCUUCAAGUUUGUAGAAAUCACAAAGUUUGUGACUGAUAGUCAAGGUAUGUGUAGUUUGCCUUAUUUUAUGUAUUAAGGAAUCUUUCAAAGCUUGUAUUUGUGUCGCAGUAGCUGAAACUAUGCAACAUGUAAAGAAGCAUGCAACACUGACCAACAAAAAUAAUGCAUUGUUGAUAGCAAUACUGGCAAUUCACAAUAUUGUGCCACCAAGAGUUGGCCAAUCAUAACGCGCGAAAUUUGUCGACCCUCUCCAAACGCGCAUUGGGUCGACAAAUUUC